CGCGGUGAGCGGUGUCGCGAUGGACAGCCCAGAGAUGACCUUCACUCUGGCCUACCUGGUCUUCGCCGUGUGCUUCGUGUUCACGCCCAACGAGUUCUACUCGGCCGGGCUCACCGUGCAGAACCUGUUGUCGGGCUGGCUGGGCAGCGAGGAUGCCGCUUUCGUGCCCUAUCACCUUCGUCGCACUUCCGCCACGCUACUGUGUCACUCACUGCUGCCGCUGGGCUACUACAUGGGCAUGUGCUUUGCAGCUUCAGAAAAGCAGCUCUACUCCCCUGGUCAGGCCUCAGAGGCCUGGCAGCUCUUCCUUCUCCUGGCCGUGACCCUUCCCCUUGUCUCCUGUACCCUGAUCUACUAUUGGUCCUGGGACAAGUGGACCCGACAUCCACUGGCCCAAACCCUGGCACUCUAUGCCCUUCCGCAGUCAGGUUGGCAAGCGGUUGCCUCUUCCAUCAACACGGAGUUCCGGCGGAUUGACAAGUUUGCUACUGGGGCACCCGGUGCUAGAGUGAUUGUGACAGACACAUGGGUAAUGAAGGUGACAACAUACCGUGUGCGUGUGGCUCAGCAACAGGAUGUUCACUUGACUGUGACAGAGUCUCGGCAGCAUGAUCUCUCACCAGACUCAAACCUACCUGUGCAGCUUCUUACCAUACGUGUGGCCAGCACCAGCCCUGCUAUGCAGCCCUUUGAUAUUCGGCUGAACUCAGCAGAAUAUGGCGAACUAUGUGAGAAACUCCACGCACCAAUCCGAAGUGCAGCCAAUGUGGUUAUCCGCCAGAGCCUGGGUGACCUCUUCCUAGAAACAUUUGCGUCGCUGGUGGAGGUCAACCCAGCCUAUUCAGUGCCCAGCAACCAGGAGCUCGAGGCCUGCAUAGGCUGCAUGCAGACACGGGCCAGUGUGAAGCUGGUGAAGACUUGCCAGGAGCCAGCGGUGGGCGAGUGCCAGCAGUGUUACUGCCGUCCCAUGUGGUGUCUCACUUGCAUGGGCAAAUGGUUUGCCAGCCGCCAGGAUCCCCAGCGCCCUGACACUUGGCUGGCCAGCCGCGUGCCCUGCCCUACUUGCCGUGCCCGCUUCUGCAUCCUGGAUGUGUGUUGUAUACGCUGACCAUCACAGCCUAUUCUGUGUCUCCACUAGCCACUUAUGAGGAGCAGCUAAAGCUCCUUGACCUUGGCAAAGGUUCUAGUCAAAGCACACAAGUAUCUACAGCCACUCUCUGCCUUGAAUCUGUGGUAGGUUGAGGAUUUUGAUUGAGAAGUUCUCAUGGAAAUGUCCUAUCCCAUACCUUGAGCAUCUUCUCGCCCUACUUACCUCCAGGUGGGGCUGAUAUUUCACAUAGAUUGCUCCAAAGUUCCAAGAUGUUGGAAUUUGACCUAGAGUUUUCAUUGGCCGGUUUGCCUUAAUUCUAUCACAGAUCAUAUCUGCCCCUCAGAACCCUGAGAGUUAUAAGCCAGACCUACAUCUGUCCCAGAGCCUGUGUGAUGUUGGGUAGAUGUUGACAGUUGAGAGGGUUACCAGUGGUGCCACUCCAGUGCGAAGUCCUUUUCUACAGCCAGCCGAGGGACCACUUCUGGGUAGGGAGGCAGGAGCAACAACCUAGAGCCAGGCCAGUUACUCAUGAGGGUUGCAUAUGCUUUAGAGGGCCCACAGUGCUUUUGGUGUCUUCUCUUGCUUCUUUAGUCCAGGGGAGGCCAAGAUCUCAUACUCCUGGCCCUAGGAAAGAACCGGAAAGCCACAACAGUAUCCAGAAAGAAACCCACCAGGGAUGCAGUACAGGGUUAGCUAGAGCCCUUGUGGGUUGCUUGGAUCAGGAGAGGGUACCUCAGUGGUCACGGUUCUGAUGGACAUACCAUUCAUAUCUGUAGUGCAGGUGGGCGGGGGAGAGGCUGCCCUUUACUUUCCAUCUCUGACACAAGCUACAGGAGGGAGAACUUUCCUUCAGCUUGUGGCCCUGAAGCUCCUACAUUUGCCUGCUUCAAGCAGUAGUGACAGACCAAACUAGCCUUUUACCCAGUCAACACUGCACCUAACUCGAGGGAUUUGCUAGCAGAGGAAGCCCAAUUCUGCCUGUCCUGAAGCAUGGCCAGGAGUCACCCAGUUUCAAGGGCCACCUAUCAGGGGCCAAAUGGUUUGAGGUUAUUUUAUUUUUUAACCACAGAGAAGUUAAUUUUAUAAUGAUAAAUGUAAAUGUCGCAAAAUGACACAAUAUUUAAUAAAGUGUUACUUUCCAAGUGA